AUGAUUAGUAUUUAAGUUAUUUCACCUAAAUUAAAGAAUGCAAAACAUAAAGUAAAUUUGAGUUAGCCAUAAAUAACUUAAUAUAAUAAUUUAAAUAGCUUUAAUGAUUAUUUUAGAAGUCAAAGAAUUUAUGAAAAAGGUUCGCGGCAUAAUUAAAGGAUAACCAUUACUGAUAGCAGAUGUAAAACUGAUUCUCGUUUAUUCGAGAAUUAUUCAAGCAGCACAAAAAGACUGUCAAUGCAAUCAUCUACUUUAUGUUUAUCAAAUACAAAAUCUUAGAGUACUAGCCCAAAAACAAUAAAUUUAAGUUCAACUAUGAAUUUAAAAUCCUAAAAAAAUGUAAGUAAUAAGUCUCCAAAAAAGCAAAAACAUAAGCAAAGUUUAACUCAAUCAAUUCCUUUAUCUAAUGAUAUGAAAAAAAAGUUUGAUGUGUUAUUAUUGAAAACUAAAACAUUGAUUUAACAUUUUAAAUAAAGAGAAAAAUAAUUUAUUAAGAGAGAAAAGGAACUAAAUCAAGAAAUCUUAAAACUAAAAACUAGAAUAGAGAUACAAAAUAGGUUAUUAAUUAAUUACAACAUACCUUAAACAAAAUUUUGAUCACCAC